AACUGAAGGCGAGCGAAAGGAAAUCGGGGCGCGGUGGCUCUGCGCCUGCGUACUGGGACCGGCAGGUGGCGGGUGUUGUUCGGUGGUAGUGGCGGCAAGAUGGCGGCGCCCGGGGGCUCCGCCGCCUCUUCGGCGCUGAAGGGGUUAAUUCAGCAAUUCACCGCCAUCACGGGUGCCAGUGAAAGUGUAGGCAAACAUAUGCUUGAAGCUUGCAACAAUAAUUUAGAAAUGGCUGUCACUAUGUUCCUUGAUGGUGGAGGGAUAGCAGAUGAACCCAGCACCAGUUCAGCAAGUGUAUCAAACCUCCGCCCACACACAGAAGAUGAAGUGAGAGCCCCCAUUCCUCAAAAGCAGGAAAUACUGGUAGAACCUGAACCUUUAUUUGGUGCUCCAAAAAGGCGCAGACCUGCUCGUUCUAUAUUUGAUGGUUUUCGAGAUUUCCAGACAGAAACCAUUCGGCAGGAGCAGGAGUUGAGGAAUGGAGGAGCAAUAGACAAGAAACUAACAACCCUUGCAGAUCUCUUCAGGCCUCCCAUUGAUCUGAUGCAUAAAGGAAGCUUUGAAACAGCCAAGGAGUGUGGUCAGAUGCAGAACAAGUGGCUCAUGAUUAACAUACAGAAUGUGCAGGAUUUUGCCUGUCAGUGUCUCAAUCGUGAUGUUUGGAGCAACGAGGCUGUGAAAAACAUUAUCCGGGAUCACUUCAUUUUUUGGCAGGUAUAUCAUGACAGUGAGGAAGGACAAAGAUAUAUACAGUUCUACAAACUGACAGACUUCCCUUAUGUCUCUAUCCUGGAUCCUAGGACAGGGCAGAAACUAGUAGAGUGGCGCCAGUUAGAUGUAACUUCCUUUUUGGACCAAGUGACUGGGUUCCUUGGGGAGCAUGGACAACUGGAUGGGCAUUCCACCAGCCCUCCCCAGAAACGCACACGUUCUGAGAGCCUCAUUGAUGCAAGUGAGGACAGCCAGCUGGAAGCUGCCAUCAGAGCCUCUCUACAGGAGACACAUUUUGAAUCUGCUCAAGUCAAGCAGGACAGCAGAUCUGAUGAGGAGUCUGAGUCUGAGCUUUUCUCUGGAAGUGAGGAGUUUAUUUCAGUUUGUGGCUCUGAUGAUGAUGAACCAGACAACAUUGCCAAGUCUAGGAAGUCUCCACACAAGGACUUGGGGUGUAGGAAAGAGGACAUCAGAAGAACUCAGCCUGAGCCUACAGCAAGGACUGAACCCGAGAUAGUAACAAACCAUCGAGGACUGUCUUACAUAGAUUCAGCGGUGCUAGAAGAAUCUGCAGUUAAGCCAGAAGCUACAGUAAAGGAGCUGAGCAUGAAUGGACCAAAGGCACAACUAAUGCUAAGGUAUCCAGAUGGGAAGAGGGAACAGAUUUCACUGCCUGAACAAGCUAAGCUUCUGGCUCUCAUCAAACAUGUACAGUCAAAAGGAUACCCCAAUGAACGUUUUGAACUCCUCACCAACUUUCCACGGAGAAAACUUUCCCAUCUGGACUAUGACAUUACAUUACAAGAGGCUGGCCUUUGUCCUCAAGAGACUGUCUUUGUGCAGGAAAGGAAUUAGCUCUUCUAGCCAUCCAUCAUGUCCUCUUGCCUACAGUACUGUUCCCCAAGUACGCAGUUGGCUUCACGAGACUGUGGAGCUGAAAUCAGGCAGUCAUAUGCCAACUUUUCUCCCUCCCUCCUUUAUGCUACUCUUGACUAGUCAGUCAUAUGGAAGCAGCAGGAUAGGUUUACUGGGCUUUGGUGCUGGGGGAAGUAUGUCUGCUUCAGUGGCUUGUUGCCAUUCCAGAAUAGUAAGGGCUGUCCGUACGUCCAGCAUGCUGGGGACAAUGAGCAGCCAGUGCAAGAAAUGUUUCAUUCUCCCCUCAGAAAAACAAAUCUAUUUUCUUUAAUAUAUUUUAUUUUUCAAGAGGUCGUGAGCAGCCACUAAGGGGUUCUUUACAUCACCAUCUAAGCAUGUGGUUGGCUGUGUGAAGGCAAUGCAGUAUGUGACUUUCAGCAUGGCAAGCAUGGCCUUUUUCCUGGGAUGCCAAUCUGUGCUGAAAGCUGAGCUCUGCAAGUGGAUGCAUUCCAUCUGUUUUCCAUGUGUUGAAGCCUCUACACACAGGCUUUUCAAGGCACAAGCAUGUGUCCAGAUGGUUGUUAAAGAGGCCCCAGGACUUGCCCACAUGUGAAGAAAAUGUACAGGGUUGCAGAUCUGUUGCGCUUUGAGAGUCAUAGCAAGCACAGUUCCAGGAAGGACAUAAAAUCAGCAACAUUUGAACAGCUGUAUGGAUUGAUUUGUAUGUAUUCACCUCUUUUUGUUAUGGACGGAGUUAUUUGCGUUAAAGGAAGGUUAAUGUAGUCAAUAGAUCUAGCACAACCUAACCUUUGUCAUCUAAUCCUUCCUGCUUAUUUAGAGUCAUUAAAAUUGCGGGACUUAGGGAUCAUCUACCUAUAAUUCACAAUCAGUGGAAUAUGGCAAGUUACUCUGAAUGUAAAACAUUACACCUGUUUUGUCAUAAUUUAAAGCUGUAUUGAUUUACGGUGCUGGACUGGAAUUCGAUCAACAGAGUGAGUCGUAGCAUAUUUGUACAGGUGCCAGGUUCUUAGAGAAAGCAAUGUAUUCUGUUUUGCUUGGUUAACUUUGAAAUACUCUCAUUAACACUAACAUCAUAAGAGUGAGAAGGUUUUAGACUGUUCGCACCUGUGAUUCUUAAUUCCAGUUGUCCAAGCAGUUGUUUGAUACACUCAUUUUCUAAUCAGCCAGGAGCACAUCAGUCAUUAUAGGCGUGAUGUGGGUCUCUUGGGUUUGCUUAACCCCCAGCAGUGCAAGCCACAGUAGGAUGUGUUCAUAUUCUUAGCACACAUUUUUCCCCAUCUGUCGGAGCAGUGCUUGCAUUUCAUUGUAGAAUGGAAACAUUUAGCCCCUUCUUUCUCUUCUUUAAUGUGAGGUGACUUUUACACCUGAGAUGUUACUCCAUGUGACUGCAGUUCUGGUGAAGAACGCACUUAAAUUUUUGUUAAAAGCCAGAGCUGAGUUUAUAUUAAACUACAGAACUGGUAAUAUGUGGAUCCACUUACUGAUAGAGACGAAUGAACAUGCUGAGUAAGGAAUCCAGCUUUUGUCAUCUGCCUCAACACCUAGAGACUUCAGUUUUUGAAAACUGAUGCUAGAAUUUUUAAAAAUGUAUAGUUAAACAAUGAUAAAGGUCAAUAUCUUGAUUAAAACCAAAAUAGAUUCUUAACAGUCAAGGAACUAACUAUUCAGUAAUCCAAUAUAUUUAUGUUUCUACCCCUUGUUUCAGUUGCUGCCACCUCUAUCCUUUUCCUCAAGCUGCCUCCUACUCUUUACAUAGGUUUUCUUCUCUUUGUCAAUUGUCUCCCUUUGGACUCUCUCACCAUCUUUAACUUUGUGUGUCUUUGUCUAGUCAUCUGUCUGCCCAACAAAUCUACUUCUGUUCAGAGUAUCUGUGUGAUUACAGUCCCAAUCAACAACUGGACUGCAAGCAUUCUGAGACCAUUGUUCACUGCCCUUCAGUAUUUGUAACAUUUGUCAACAUUCCAUGCUAUUAUAUCAGCUCAACAAGUUUGUGUUAAAGGCUUUACUGCCAAAGCACAAUGGUUAUAGAUGGCAUUUUCUAUUACUACUAUAUUAAUACCAUAGCAUGAGGGUGAUUCAGUGUAAUUCAUUGAUACCAUUUGUCCUCAAGGAAGUGAAAACUGUAUCUGUAUUAACUAACAACUUUGAACACCUUCAGCAUUGCCAACAUGUUGUUGCAUUUGCCUUGCUAGCAUAUUUCCAUCUGCUUCAUGCUGGCUUGAGUUUCUAGAAGAUUUAAUGCUGAUGAGGAGAUACUGAUGCUGCUCUCUUAGUAAUAUUAAUCAGAGGAUGACAUGCAGCUAUGAAAAGAUAAUUGUUGGUUUAUGCAGAACUUGCAUUUAUUCCAGCAAAAAAGUAGAGCCCUGUUCUCAGAAUUCUUGCAUUCAAAUGGUCUCUUACAAACAGCGUUGACCAGAUGCUUUGAAAUGGGUCGGUUAAAUGUCCCUUUCAUACAGUUCAAGAUGGUUGUUUCAAUGUGUAUGCAUGUGGACAGUUUGACAUUUUGCUUUAUACAAGGUCUUCAAAGGUACACAAGUGAGUAGCAUGAUUAGGGUGAUCAGUACUUCUGGAUAGAUUUAUGAUGCCUGGUAGAGAGGCGGGCCUGAGAAAGCCUUGCUUAUUCCAAACAGUUCUGUGUAAAAGAAAUCAGAAUAUAUAUAUUUUUUGCAGGUUCAGGAAGCAAUCAAUGGUGGUCAAACACAGUGUCUUCUGGAGAAAUGCUUUGGUUUGAUCCUUUUAGUAAUUAUGAGGCAGUUCAGUUCAAAUGGAUAAGUUCUUCCCUUUUGUGAUGUAGCAGUGCUGGUGGAUAAGAUUUUAAUCAUUAACAUAAGCUUCACUAUUUCUACUGUUGGUUUUGUUCUUUCUUAGAAACAGUUCACCAUGGGAUGUUGGAUUGUUCCCCAAAAGGCUACAUAUUGUGGAUCUUGACAUUAAUAUUUCUGCAAAGUGCCUUGACAGCAGAAAAGCAGCAUAUUACUACUCAGAUAAUGUUAAAAUUGACUGUUUUUGUGCAGUUGUUUCUGAGGAGGCAUUCUUAACUAAGUGUGUAGAUCCUGUGGGAGCCCUGUUUUUUUAAAAAAAAAUUGUUGAAUUUGUUUUGCCAUUUUUGAAGCUUAUGACUGGGACUAUAAGCACUGUAGCUCCUUCCUCCCUUGUUCCUGCAAUUUAUCAUUGUAGCCCCACCAAACAAAUUAUUCCUGACAAGUAGAUUUUGGGAGGAGCCUUUAGUGCAAUAUGAGUAUGACAAAUGAACAAGAAUUAAGACAUGUCUGCUAGCAAAAUAAAUCCUCCCAAAGGUUCAAAACUUCUGCAGUAAAGGCAACCUCUGAAAGUUGAGGAAACAAGAUGUUAUCUAACAUAAACUAGGACCAUAUGACUUGGAUGUUAUUGUAAUCAAGAAUAUGGUACUUUUAGGAUAUUAAGUUGACUUUAAAGUUGAAUUGUCUUCUUAAAUUGAUAAAGCUUUAUAGCUUGAGCUGUACAAAACUGUGACUUGCUACAUUUUCUGUAGAAGCUGUUUUCUUUGUAAUUAUGAGAAUUCUAAGGUAGGUGGGAGAAGAGAAGAUUUCAUCUUGCUGUGAUGGGAAGGACCAAAUUCAAAGCAAUCUCUAUACAUACAACUACUACAUUUUUAUAAAUAUGUGUAAAUGUCCUUCCUAUUGUAAUAUUUUGAGCCUGAAAAUAAAGCAGACCUUUUCACUAA